UACCACUGGUCCCCGCUGUCCCAGGGAUCUGGUGCUGCCUCUCAGUUGCCACCACCACCAUCCCCGCCGCCACCACCUCCAGCCGAGGAUGGAGAUGAGGUGCUGCUGAGGAUCCCGGCUUUUGCUCGGGAGCUCUACUUGCUGCUCAAGAAGGACAGCCGCUUCCUGGCUCCUGGCUUUGCUGUGGAGGAGCGGCUUUGGGGGGAGGGGCAAAGCCCAGCCGGUGCUGCACAGUCACAACCUGAGAGAGCUUGCUACUACAGUGGUGCUGUCCUCCGCUACCCAGGCUCCUUCGCCUCCUUCAGUACCUGUGGUGGAUUGAUGGGGUUUAUACAGAUUAAUGAGGACUUCAUAUUUAUUGAGCCACUCAAUCACACUUUGACUGUGACAGGUCAUGCACACAGGGUGUACAGACGAAAAAGGUCCAUAGAGGAGAAAAUUACUGAAAAGCCAGCUUCUCAGAAUCAGUACUGUGGUGUUCUUACAGAUAAAAGAAAAUCCAAGAAUCAAAAAGUAUCCGAAAGUGGAAGAGAAAAGCGAUAUUCUUACAAGUUACCUCAGGAGUACAAUAUAGAAACUGUGGUGGUUGCAGAUCCAGCUAUGGUUUCAUAUCAUGGAACAGAUGCUGCCAGAAGAUUUAUUCUGACCAUCUUAAACAUGGUUUUUAACCUUUUCCAGCACAAGAGCCUUGGAUUGCAAGUAAAUCUUCGGGUGACUAAGCUUGUCCUCCUUCAUGAAACUCCAGCAGAGAUGUAUAUUGGACAUCAUGGAGAAAAAAUGCUGGAAAGCUUUUGUAAAUGGCAACAUGAAGAAUUUGGGAAGAAGAAUGAUAUACACUUAGAAAUGUCAACAAGCUGGGGAGAAGACAUGUCGUCAGUUGAUGCAGCCAUACUGAUCACAAGGAAGGAUUUCUGUGUACAUAAAGACGAGCCAUGUGAUACUGUUGGUAUAGCAUAUCUGAGUGGAAUGUGCAGUGAAAAACGAAAAUGUAUAAUUGCAGAGGAUAAUGGUCUGAAUCUUGCUUUUACUAUUGCCCAUGAGAUGGGUCACAACAUGGGGAUAAACCACGACAAUGACCAUCCAUCCUGUGCAGAUGGUCUCCAUAUCAUGUCUGGGGAGUGGAUUAAAGGACAGAAUCUUGGAGAUGUUUCAUGGUCUCGGUGCAGCAGGGAAGAUCUGGAAAGAUUUCUCAGGUCAAAGGCCAGUAACUGUCUGCUACAGACGAAUCCUCAGAGCCUCAAUUCUGUGAUUAUUCCCUCCAAGCUCCCAGGAAUGACAUACACUGCAGAUGAACAGUGUCAGAUUCUAUUUGGACCAACCGCUUCAUUUUGCCAAGAAAUGCAGCACGUCAUUUGCACUGGGUUGUGGUGUAAGGUGGAAGGCGAGAAUGAAUGCAAAACUAAGCUGGAUCCACCAAUGGAUGGAACAGACUGUGACACUGGAAAGUGGUGUAAGGCUGGAGAGUGUAUCAAUCGGACUUCUUUUGCGGAGAAUAUGGAGGGGGAGUGGAGCGCGUGGAGCACUUGUAGCCGUACUUGCAACACUGGAAUCAGCAGUCGACAACGCAAAUGCCCUGG